GUUUUGCUUUCGAUCUGGACCGUUCUCAGGCAAGCCGGGGAGUAACUUUUAGUUUUGCUCCUGCGAUUGUUCAACUGACGGGCUUUCCUUUCCAUUGCACACACCCUAGCAACACUUAGACCUUGCGGGAUUGUAUUGGUAGCGUGAAAAAGCACACUGAGAGGGCACCAUGCCGGUGGAAAGGAUGCGAAUGCGCCCAUGGCUGGAGGAACAGAUAAAUUCAAAUACAAUACCAGGGCUAAAGUGGCUUAACAAGGAAAAGAAGAUUUUUCAGAUCCCUUGGAUGCAUGCAGCUAGACAUGGGUGGGAUGUGGAAAAAGAUGCACCGCUCUUUAGAAACUGGGCAAUCCAUACAGGAAAGCAUCAACCAGGAGUGGAUAAACCCGAUCCCAAAACAUGGAAGGCAAAUUUUAGGUGUGCCAUGAACUCCUUGCCUGAUAUUGAAGAAGUUAAGGACAAAAGUAUAAAGAAAGGAAACAAUGCCUUCAGAGUGUACCGGAUGUUGCCCUUAUCUGAACGGCCUUCUAAGAAAGGAAAGAAACCAAAGACAGAAAAGGAAGACAGAGUUAAGCACAUCAAGCAAGAACCAGUUGAGUCAUCUUUGGGGCUUAGUAAUGGAGUAAGUGAUCUUUCUCCUGAGUAUGCGGUCCUGACUUCAGCUAUAAAAAAUGAAGUGGAUAGUACGGUGAACAUCAUAGUUGUAGGACAGUCCCAUCUGGAUAGCACCAUUGAGGAUCAAGAGAUUGUCACUAAUCCACCGGACAUUUGCCAAGUUGUGGAGGUGACCACUGAGAGCGAUGAGCAGCCGGUCAGCAUGAGUGAGCUCUACCCUCUGCAGAUUUCCCCCGUGUCUUCCUACGCAGAAAGCGAAACCACGGAUUCCGUGCCCAGCGACGAGGACAGCGCAGAGGGCCGACCACACUGGCGGAAGAGGAACAUUGAAGGCAAACAGUACCUCAGCAACAUGGGGACACGAAACACCUACCUGCUGCCCAGCAUGGCGACCUUCGUCACUUCCAACAAGCCCGAUCUCCAGGUGACCAUCAAAGAGGAGAACUGUCCAAUGCCUUACAACAGUUCCUGGCCCCCUUUUCCAGACCUUCCCCUCCCUCCCUCCGUGACCCCCACGCCCAGCAGCAGUCGGCCAGACCGGGAGACUCGGGCCAGUGUCAUCAAGAAAACCUCAGAUAUCACCCAGGCCCGCGUCAAGAGCUGUUAAGCCUUUGACUCUCCCCCAUGGUUGUUGGGAUUUCUUGGCUUGGUUUUGUUGUUUGUUUGUAUUUUAUUUUUCUCUCUGACACCUAUUUUAGACAAAUCUAAGGGAAAACGCCUUGACAAUAGAACAUUGAUCGCUGUGUCCAACUCCAGUACUGGAGCUUCUUUUUAACUCAGGACUCCAGCCCAUUGGUAGACGUGUAUCUCUAGAGCCUGCUGGAUCUCCCAGGGCUACUCCCUCAAGUUCAAGGACCAACACCCAUACGGGCAGUGGAGGUGCUGCAUUGCCUACGGUCAAGGCCAGCAUGGUGGCGUGGAUGCCUCAGAACGGACAAGAAAAUGUGAACUAGCUGGAAUUUUUUAUUCUUGUGAAUAUGUACAUAGGGCAGUACUAGCGACGCUGCAGUCUGCUUCUGCACCUUAUCUUAAAGCACUUACAGAUAGGCCUUCUUGUGAUCUUGCUCUAUGUCACAGCACAUUCAGUGUCCCCUUCUCUGCCCAUCCCCCUCUUCCCACCCCCUCCCACCCAGUUCCUUUCCUCCUUUUCCUCCUCUGCAAGGCUGUGUUCUACAUCCCAGAGGAGGAGGAGAAGAAAAUGAACUUCUCCACCGAUGUCCCCUUUUAAGACUGCCUAAAAAAAAAAAAUCUUUCUAAUCUGCUAUGCUUGAAUGCCACGCGGUACAAAGGAAAACUAUCAUGGAAAUAUUAUGCAAAUUCCCAGAUUUGAAGACAAAAAUACUCUAAUUCUAACCAGAGCAAGCUUUUUUAUUUUUUAUACAGGGGAAUAUUUUAUUCAAGGUAAAAUUCUAAAUAAAAUAUAAUUGUUUUUUAUCUUUUCUACAGCAAAUUUAUAAUUUUAAGAUUCCUUUUCUUGUUUAUCAGCAGUUGUUAUUACAUCCU